GGACAGGCUCGUGCAGCUGGUUCGCAUUUGCCUGUGUGUGAGUGUGUGUGAGUGCGUGUGUGUGUGUGUGACUGCCAACUACUUAUUAUUAUUUUCAUUUAUUUUCUUCUCUCCCCGACACCAUUAAGUUGCGGAGUUUAGUCGGAGCCACGGCGAGUAAGUCAUCUCUCAGUGAAGAAAGACUCAAAAAAAAAAAAAAAACUAAACAACGCCGACCUAAAUGAACUCGAGAAUAACAAGUUUGCUACGCACAUCCGUUGAAAAGAAGCCACGACUACGCAGUUGAACAUUUUCGGCUUUUAAUUUCCUUUUCAGUCGAGGUCCUCUUGCAGCUGACGACGUUGUUUUUGUGGCUGUCAUUGAAAAGAAAGAAAAAAAAAAGUCCCGUGUGCCUUAUUGUAAGCGAGAAAAGUCGUCCAUGUUAGCUAAUGAAGCUGUAAAUGCCACAAGAGAUCCAGCAAUUAAAAGGUAUUUGUUAGGGGAUAAGCCAUAAGCUAGCCAAGUCAACAUGCUAAAGACCCUGACCAAGAAGCUAAGAAGACACUCACUCAAUGAGAUACACCCUUUUCAACUUAAGACUUCACCCCUGCAAUUUUCCGCAACACAACCCGUGGAAGUCCUCCUCGAUUGUUACAUGCUGCAUAAUGCCUCCUUUUUGUUUUCUUACCACGGCAGUGGCGAGGGUGGGGAGAGUGAUGAUUCAGAAGGAGAGAACCAGGAGCUUGCACAAAUUGAUAGAGAGAGACGGAGAAAUUGUGCCCUCACCCCCCUGGCUACCAACCAGCAGCACAACCAGGGUCCCCUCUCUCCAGCUCGUUUACGACGCCUCCGCCUUCUUCUCGACGGCAAUCUGGAUCGACACUCGUCAGAGGAAGAACUAGAGCGAAUCAGCUAUGGGGACAACAGAAAAUGGAUGUCUUCACUCCCUCAGCGCCAUGGUGAUCACCACAGCAGCACGUCCAGCGACGAGGAAGUGCGAGAUCUCUGUGGUUGUGGGUCGCCCGUUGCUGCUACAAAGACGCUGGUCGAGCCUGGUGCUUGUCUGGCCGCCGUCUCCAGCCCUGUGCUUUUCAGCGCAAGCCCUCCAUGUAGCCUGAAGCCACCACCCAUGCGCUUUCAACUCCAGGUGGUCCAGCCAGUCACUCGGCCAAUCAUCUUGACCCACUUUGACCAGUCAGCACCUUACAGAAAAUACCGGCACAGCUAUAGUGGGGAGUUGGGGAGACCAAGUCUUGAUCUAGAGAAGAUGCAACAGAAAAUGCUGCUCAAAAAACACUGUGGAGGGAAAACACGGACCAUAAAGAUUCGGACUCUGACUGGCAGUCGCGCUCCACCCAGGUACACAUACGACCCCUCCAUCUUCGCCUUCCGGUCUUUGAGCACAGUGCCCCUGUCUGAGGAUCCUCCCUGCUGAUGAAGAAACUGCUCGUUGAAAACGUCCCUUCUCUCCAAAAGAAAGACUGUUCUAAAACAGACCGGUCUAACUAUUGCACACUCAGGUAUUCCCACCCUGUAUCGAUGUCACUUUGAUGAUUACUCUUGAGGGAAUAAUAUGGCCUAACAUUUCUAAAGGAUAUUUCAGGUUUGUAUGCAUACAGCUGUACCUGACUAAACCCUGGUAUUGGUAAAGAACGGCACAUGGCUUAUGUCGCACAACAAAUCACAUUCAUUUAGCUUUGGAUGGGCUCAAGGGGAACGCUGCAUGGACGACAAUCAAAUGGUUUCCAAAGUAAUGUACAAACAUGGUCACCCAAUAUCUUAAUCAUGUUUUGAUGAUGACAUCAUAUUUGCUUGCCUGGAAAACGUGUUAGUCAUUGAAUAUGCAGGUGACGGUGAACUAUACCAACACAUAUGACUAGUUACACCUAGUUGACCAUUGAUGUGUUUCUCAGCAAAUAUGUCACUAGUGUUAGUCCCCGUCAAGUAUUUGUUGCCUCUUCCCUGCAUGAAUUCCACUGUGUUGCAGAAAGAGCCGGAAAGAGCGAGAAGGAAUGAGUACAAUAGUUUGCUGCACUUUUGGCAAGUGUAACGGGUGUGCUGUGUUAUGCAUAGCCUACUUGUAGUGUGCCAUUUUUUUUUUUUAUUGUACCUCAUCACUUUUUAGGUAGAAGAGGACCAUUGGUAAGACGUAAAAAAUAGCCCAGUGUUUUCUAGACAUGCCUUUCAAUAACAUUCCUGUUGUGUCGUAUGGAAUCGGAGAGUUGCCAGCUGAUCGUUGGAUCAGACAUGCAAUGUGGCCAUCAUAACGACCAUUUUCGCCGAAGUGAAUGUAAAAUUGUGACAAGUUUCUGUUCCUUGUUACACUAAAUGGAUCAAUAAAUGCCCUGUGGCCUCUU